AUGGCCCACCACGACAAGCUCACUUCGCUGACGAAUUAUCUCUCGCAGGCGUACCUCCCACCACUCAUCAUAGACGAAGAGCUCCCGCAGAAUGAAGGCUCUGCUAAUCCGUGGCCAAGAAUCCACGAACUCGACAUUAUCGAGAACAACGUGCGCCUUUGCCAGGUGGUCACGAAGAUCCCUCUAGAGGUGCUCCAACACGCCGUCCGCUCUUACUACGCGGGCUUCGACAACCGCCUGCGCGUCGACUGGGCGAACACGCGCCUCACGCUGCCCUGCCCGGGCAUCACCGUCAUGUCCCGCCGCGACAUGUCGCACCUCUUCAUCCAGAAUUCGCACGACUUCCUCGAGGCGCUCGACCGCUUCAUACUCGGCACGACAGCGGAGGCACUGCGCACGAUCGAGGGCUGCCCGUUCGACGAGGACACGCUGAAGUUCGUGCGCAUCCCCGUGCAUGGCGCGGUGCAUGGCGCGGUGGAUAAGAAGCGCCUGCUGUGGUGGGUCCACACGUUUGGGCCGCAGGACCGGCCGACGAGCAUCUUGCGUCCGGGCAUUGCGGUGCUUUCGUUUACGCCGUGGGAGCUCGGGGUCAACGAUUUGAAGGAGUUUUCGGCCCGUGCACAGUUCGCACCGAAUGAGUUCCAGAGGGACAACGUUGUGGGCAAGCCUUGGUCGAACGCUCUGAAGGCUUGGGCGAUGGCUUACGACUCUUGCCGGGUGAGUGGUUACCGUUGGUUCGUAAUCACCACGUAUGAUCAGUGGGUGUUCGGCACCUGGAGUCUAGACUGGACAGGAGCGGAGGUAACGGACCCGGUACCAUUCGACAAGACACAUGGCAUGAGCGUCAUCGAGAUGCUCACGUUUUGGAUGGAGUGCGGUCGGCAAAAGACGAUGCUUUGGCAGAUCUCUGCGGAUAUGCCCCGCAGAUAUUGA